AUGGAGAAAGAAACUAUUGAACGUUUCCUAGAAGAAUUGGAUUUAAAAAAUGAUAUCGAAACUUUUAGAAGGAAACUUAUUGACUUUGAAGCAUUGGAACUAAUGGAUGAUAGAGACUUCCAGAAAAUUGGAAUUUCCAUUGGAAAGAGGAUAAAAAUCAUAAAAGAAUUACAACGGAGGAAAAUGAAGACCCACGAGAAAGCGUUUGGGACUAGACCCCAUACAGCUUUAGGAGCAACAUGGAAGAAGCAAGGACGCAAUAAUGCUAAAACCAUACCUUCUUCUUUCAUGGAAAAUGACUUCAAACAAUAUAGUGAAAUAGCUACACCCAUGAGAACCUGUUGGUACGAAAAGGAAUCUCAAAAGACGAAAACAGUCACGAGCCACUAUAGGAAUUCUGACGAAGAUUGGUUGAACAAGGAGAUACGAUUAGUAUUAAUCGGUAAAACAGGAAGUGGUAAAAGUGCCACAGGAAACUCUAUUUUAGGAGAAAAGUUAUUUGAAUCAAGUGUGUCUGGAUCAUCCAUCACAAGAAAAUGUUCGAAAAGAAUGAGAGUUCGAUUCAACAAAAAAAUCUUAAUUGUGGACACCCCUGGCGUUUUUGACACACAACAGUCAAAUAAAAAAGUUCAGGAAGAAAUUGUAAAAUGUAUAAGCAUCACAUCACCUGGACCUCAUGCUUUCAUUUUGGUCAUGAAUCUUUCAAGAUACACCGAAGAAGAACAUAAAUGUGUCAUGCAUUUUGUCGAACAGUUUGGCGAAAAUAUCUUCAAAUAUUUCAUCGUGCUUUUCACUAGAAAGGAUGACUUGGAUGAAGAAGGACGCACUUUAGCCCAACAUAUUGAGACAGUUCCCAAAAAUCUUAAAUCUUUUAUUGAGAGAUGUGAUGGAAGAGUCAUUGCAUUCAAUAACAAACUCAAAGGGAUGGACUCAGACGGACAGGUUUUAGAGCUUUUGUCAAUGAUUUCGAAGAACAUAGAAAACAAUAAAGGCAAAUGGUAUACCAAUAAAAUGUAUCUGGAGGCUGAAAGAAUUAUUAAGAAAAAAGAAGAUGAAGAAUUGAAAAAGGCAGCAGAGAAGCAAAAAAGGGAAUUUCAAGCUAUUGAAAAAAGAUUAGAUGAAAAGUACAAAGUAAGACUUGCAAAGCAGGAGGAAAUCCGUUGGAAUACUCAACAGCAGUAUGAUAGACUGUUUUGGAGUCAUAAACAGACUAAAGAUGAGACUUACUCACUGGAGAAGCAAGUAGAUAAUUUAAGAACCCAGAUUAAUCAGUCGAACGUGCGUACGGCACAAAAUUGGGAAUCUCAUCAAGCGAAAUUGGAGGAGGUCCGCCAAAUUAGAGAAAUGAACCAAAGGCUUGAGAGGGAAGCUCAAGUCCAAGCUGAAAGACUCAGAGAAAUGGAAGAGGAAAAGAAAAGGAGGGAAAGGGAAACCAGGGAAAAACUAAGGCGGAUUGAGGAAGAAAAGCGAGAGGCAGAAAGAUUAGCUCGUUUGAGAGUUGAAAGGGAAAGGGAGAGGAUUCGGGAUAGCAUCAGAGAAGAUGUCGAAAAGGAAAAGGGUUUUUUUGAAGAACUGUUUGAUAAUAUUUGUACUAUUCUUUAA